AUGGCGGCGAAUAACGGCAGUGGUGGCCAGGGAGUUCUGGUCGCCCACCAGCAGAUGUUCCAGGUCCAACUGACAGCCCAGGGUCCCCUGACCAAGCUGCUGGUGGCCAUCGGCAUGUCCCUGCUCUUCAUCUGCAUCAACUCCGUCAUGUUCGUCACGCUGCUCAGCAAGCCUGUGUUUCGGGAGACGCCGCGCUAUAUUCUCUUCGCCCACAUGCUCUGCAAUGACUCCAUCCAGCUGCUCUUCGCCUCCAUGAUGUACAUCAUCUCGCUGUGCUACGUGCAAGUGCCCAAGGCCGGCUGCGCGGUGCUCAUCCUGGUGACGUCGUCCACGUCCCGCAACGCGCCCAUCAACCUGGCCGUGAUGUCGCUGGAACGCUACGUGGCCAUCUGCUUCCCGCUGCGCCACGCUGACGUGGCAACCCGCGCCGGCACGGGCUCCGCCAUCGCUGCCAUCUGGUUCUUCGGCGCCGUGAACCCGGUCGUGGACGUCCUCUACACCUCGGCUACGGACCCCACCUUCUUCAGCCAGCGCAUGUUCUGCACGCGCGAGCGCAUCUUCAUCACGCCCUGGCAGCGGAACCUGUUUGAGGGCCUCAAUGCGUUCUACUUUGUGGCCGUGACGCUGAUUAUCGUGUUUACGUACAUCAGCGUGAUGGUGGCCGCCCGGCGCUCAGCUGCCAGCGACAAGGAGUCAGCCAGAAAGGCGCACCGCACGCUGCUGCUGCACCUGAUUCAGCUGGGCCUGUGCCUCAACACGCUGGUGUUCGGCAGCAUCGAGAGGCUUCUGGCCAUGACCAGCAGCAGCCGGCUCUUCAUGGACCUGCGCUACGUCAACUUCCUGUUCGUGCUCAUCCUGCCGCGCUGCCUGAGCCCGCUCAUCUACGGCAUCCGGGACGACACCGUGCGGCCCAUGUUCCUCUUUUACCUGCUGUGCGGCACGCGCAAGGUCAAGCCCAAGGUUAAUACACUUUGAUGGCGUGACUUUGAAUUCAGAGCGUGUGCGUAUUUAUUCAACCACCAUGUCGACAGCAAACACGCUUUGGCCCUUGAGCCAUCAUCAGAACGUCAUUAAUUGGAAUCAAUGUAGAAUCAGCCCCACUCAUAACCAUUGAGUAUACAGGUGUAAUAGCCAUGGUAGCCUCCAUGACUAAAACUGUAUGCAAAAAUAGCAGAAUAUUAACACUAUGUUGCUCGUUUCAAUGUUUCCAGCCCUUACCAUGCAAUCUGUGCUGGUCGUUAUUGUGUGUUACUGUAUGUAACUAAUAAAGUGAUGUGUCUGGUUA